AUGGGUUGUCUCUGCAACUCAAAGAGGGCAUCUUGGUGGUCCUCUCUCAUGCAUGCCACUCUUCUACUCUUAUGUCAUAUUUUGCUCUCAUCUCCCCAAUUUCCUGCAAUCACCGGCAGUGCAACCUCCUUGGUGGGGACUGACAGCAGAAGCGGGAGUGACCACUUGGCCCUCAUUUCAUUCAAGUCUGAUAUAUAUGAUGAUCCAUCCAGAGCUCUGUCCUCCUGGGACAACAAAUCACUUCAUUUCUGCCAAUGGAAAGGUGUCACGUGUGGUAGUCGGCACCCUGAGAGGGUCAUUGCUCUGGACUUACCCUCCUUCGGCUUGGCCGGAACCAUUUCAUCAUCCAUAGCCAACCUCACCUUUCUCAGAAGACUGAGUCUCCAAGAGAACCAACUCCACGGAUCCAUCCCACAAGAUCUUGGCCAUUUGCGUCGGUUGGUACGACUCAACCUAAGCCUGAAUUCUCUAGAAGGACAAAUUCCAUCCAGUCUUGGCAACUGCAGACAUCUAAUUUCAGUUGACCUGGGUAACAACCGUCUCAAGGGACAAGUGCCCCAUGAGUUGGGAUUACUUCCUCAACUCAUGGUCUUGAUCCUCCGAUGGAACAAGCUUACAGGCAUCCCACCAUCUUUCACCAACCUCUCCUCGUUGGGCCAGCUCGACUUGUUGGACAACAGGAUCACAGGCGGCAUCCCACCUUGGAUAGGGAACCUGUCCUCUGUCGUCUAUUUAGAUCUUGGAACGAACCCUUUGUCAGGAGGCAUUCCAUCUUCAUUAUGCCAUCUACAAUCUCUUUCUGCCUUCGGUCUUGUACAGACCCAGUUAUCAGGUAUGAUUCCUCCGUGUCUCUACAAUCUCUCAAGCAUCCAUAUCUUGAGUUUGGGGUUUAACAAUCUCAGUGGGACCAUCCCAUCUCACAUUGGUAGCACUCUUCCCCACCUCAUGUGGCUCGACAUGGCCUCCAAUCAGUUCACCGGACUUAUCCCUUCUUCAUUAUCCAAUGCUUCUGGACUGAAUCACAUACAGCUCCAAAAGAACAAUCUCCAAGGAAAAAUCCCUGAUAACCUUGGAGCCUUACAGAACCUGUUAUUCGUAACACUUUUCUCGAACCAACUGGAAGCCAAGGAGGCCGACGGUUGGAGCUUCCUCACUUCCCUAACCAACUGCAGCGAGUUACUAGUACUAGAUAUCGGCGACAAUAACCUCGCUGGUGUCUUGCCCAAUUCCCUGUCCAACCUCUCUACAUAUCUGGAGUUCCUUGAUCUUAUGGGUAACCAGAUAUCUGGAAGCUUGCCUUCAGAUAUAGGGAACCUGCAAAAUCUGGGUAUGCUUGUCAUGGAUUCAAACCAUCUCACAAGUAAUAUUCCUGCCUCUCUUGGUAAUCUUAAUGUACUGCAUGAGCUGUUUAUGUCUGACAACAUUUUCUCCGGCCAAAUUCCACCUUCACUCGGAAAUAUUAGUCAACUGAAUAAGCUCUCUCUAGCAGGAAACAUGUUGAGUGGAAGCAUUCCAACCCAACUUGGAAACUGCACGAACUUGCAGUUACUAGAUCUCUCCUACAAUCGGCUUACAGGCGCUAUACCCAUAGAGAUUCUUAGCCUAUCUUCUCUAUCCGAAGGCCUAUACUUGUCACACAAUGCCUUGCAUGCGUUCUUACCUUCAGAAAUUGGCAAGUUGAUAAAUGUCAAUAAUCUCGAUGUUUCUAAGAACAGAUUGUAUGGAGAAAUCCCAGAUAGCAUUGGCGAAUGCGUGGUCCUCGUAAAACUUUAUAUGAGCGAUAAUUUUUUUGAAGGGGUCAUCCCGACAUCAUUGGCCAAUCUAAAAGGCCUUCAAUUUCUGGACCUGUCAAGCAACAACCUAUCGGGGCCUUUGAAGGCGAGGUUCCGCUAG